AUGGUCAACCCCACCGUGUUCUUCGACAUCACCGUCAAUGGCGAGCUCUUGGGCCGCGUCUCCUUUGAGCUGUUUGCAGACAAAGUUCCAAAGACAGCAGAAAACUUUCGUGCUCUGAGCACUGGAGAGGAAAGAUUUGGUUAUAAGGGGUCAUGCUUUCACAGAAUUAUUCCAGGAUUCAUGUGCCAGGGUGGUGACUUCACACGCCAUAAUGGCACUGGUCGCAAGUCCAUCUAUGGGGAGAAAUUUGGGGAUGAGAACUUCAUCCUGAAGCAUACAGGUCCUGGGAUCUUGUCUAUGGCACAUGCUGGUCCAAACACAAACGGUUCCCAAUUUUUCAUCUGCACUGCCAAGACUGAAUGGUUGGAUGGUAAGCAUGUGGUAUUUGGGAAAGUGAAAGAAGGUAUGAACAUUGUUGAAGAAAUGGAACGCCUUGGGUCUAGGAACGGCAAGACGAGCAAGAUGGUCACCAUCGCUGAGUGUGGACAGCUCUAAUACAGUUGAUUGUUCCAUCUUAACCACCAAACCAUUCCUUCUGUCGCUCAGGAGAGCACCCC